GAGAAAACCAAUUAAAACGUGGGUAAUUAAACUCAAUCGUAUGUAUAUAGGAUUCUCACACAAAGAACCAACUCGACAUGAAUUCAAGUCGUUGCUGGGAUGCAGGAGAGAGGAGAUCACUCUCCUUUUAUUUCUUCACUUUCGUUAUUAACUCUUCAUGUCAAGAAGAAACAUGGGGAGCAAAAAAAGAGACUAUACCAAAGAUUGUGAGUUUUUCCUCUCUUUCUCAGUAUAUAUAUUACACGCAGAUUUUGUCUACAAGAAAGAAGAGAAGGAAUAGAUCUAGAGAACUAAAGAAGGAGAUGAAGAUGGAGGAGAUAAAGAAAAGGUUAAGGAGAUCAAAUGUAUUGAUAGGAAUGUUAACAGUUCAAGCGAUAGCAACUGGAUUACAACUUCUUUCAAAGGUGAUAUUAAGUAAAGGGACCUUUGUUUUCGCACUCAUGGCUUACCGUCAUGUCGUCGCCACUCUUUGUAUCGCUCCUUUUGCUUUUAUUUGGGAAAGAGAGAGCCUAAAGAAAGUGACAUGGGCCGUUUUUUUCUGGCUUUUCAUGAUCGCAUUAACCGGGAUCAUUAUGGCUAUGGGACUUUUCUAUUAUGGCCUCCGAGACACGACUGCGACAUAUGCUACUAACUUCCUCAAUCUAAUUCCAAUAGUAACCUUUAUCUUCUCAACUGUAUUACGUGUUGAAAAGCUAAGACUGAAGACUAAGGCUGGUAAAGUUAAACUUAUAGCUGCAAUGUUGUGCUUGGCCGGAGCACUGACUAUUACACUCUACAAAGGCAAAGUGUUCCAUUUCAGUCAUCACAACAAGCAUGAAAAUAGUUCCAAGGAUCAUACGAAUAUAGUUCGUGGAACUAUUUUCUUGAUUUGUAGUUGCAUGUCUUAUGGUUGUUGGUUCCUAAUACAGGCCAAGGUGUCCAAAGUGUUCCCGUACAAAUAUUCUUCAACAUUUAUUAUAUGCGUAAUAGCAACGAUCCAAAGCGUGGUAGUUGGAUUAUGCAUAGAUAGAAGAAAGGUCUCUUGGAAGCUGGGAUUGAAUUUGCAGCUAAUCACUAUCUUUUACUCGGGAGCGUUAGCAACGGCAGCAACAUUUUGCCUGAUAUCAUGGGCAGUUGCAAGAAGAGGACCAACGUACCCCUCUAUGUUCAAUCCUCUGUCUUUGAUUUUUAUAGCUAUCGCAGAAGCUGCCUUUCUUGGUGAAGAGAUCAGUAUCGGAAGCUUGAUUGGCAUGUUUCUGAUCAUAGUGGGAUUGUACUCGUUCUUGCGGGCAAAGAGCAAAGAGCUCCCAGUACGAAUUGAAUCGGAUGUAGGAGAUGCUGAAGCACAAACGCCUCAAAAUGAAGGAAUGCAUUCCAUAAACAUGGAAAUUCCAAUUUUAGCACGUGAAAGUGCUAGAUUUCAAUCAAUAGCAGUACAAGUUCCUACUCCUAUUCAAACACAAGAAGAAAAGGAAUCCAAUGUGUCCAGCAAGAUAAACAAAUUAACAGAAUAAAGUUUUGGUGAUGAAUGAUUUAAUAGGAGUUGCUUUCAACGACAUUUGGAGGGACCAGUUUUGCCACGGAAUUAGCCUUAGCUCACUCUUUGUCCCUUCGAUAAUUCAAGAGCCUCUAACGCUCAGGUGUUGUAUACUGAUGAAUUAAAGCCAAUAUUCAAUCUCUAGUCUCAACUUGAUUCAGACUUGCGUCCUAGUGAUGUAACAUAUCAAACUCCUUUUAUUUAAUUUGUUGUAAUAAAAUUUUGUCAGACAACAUUGCUAUUGGCAUUGGUUGAUUAAUUAGUUAAAUAAACAUAUCAUCUAAUCACA